AUGUCUUCAUCAGUGCAGCUCUUCCGAGAUCAGAAGUACCACGAGCUGAAGGGGCAGUGCCUCCAGCAGGGCCGGCUCUUUGAGGAUCCUGAGUUUCCAGCCUCAGAUGAAUCCCUUUACUAUGACCCAGCAGUAAAAAGGAAAGUGGAAUGGAAGCGGCCAAAGGACCUCUGUGAAGAUCCCUACCUGCUUGUGGAUGGAAUGAGCUCCCAUGACUUCCACCAGGGCAAGCUGGGGAACUGCUGGUUUGUGGCUGCAUGCUCCUGCCUGGCUCUGAGGAAAAGCCUCUGGCAGCAGGUGAUUCCAGACUACAAGGAGCAGGAGUGGGACCCUAAAAGCCUGAGGAAAUACGCUGGGAUUUUCCGUUUCCGUUUCUGGCGCUUUGGAGAGUGGACAGAGGUGGUGGUUGAUGAUCUGCUGCCAACAGAGAAUGGGGAGUUGAUCUACUGCCACUCCAACGUGAGGAAUGAGUUCUGGAGUGCUUUGCUGGAGAAGGCUUAUGCUAAGCUGGCUGGAUCCUACCAAGCCCUGGAUGGAGGCUGUGCUGCAGAAGCCCUGGUGGAUUUUACUGGAGCAGUGGCAGACUCUCUGAAUUUGGCAAAGGGCAAAUAUGGUGAGGUUUUUUUUGAGCAGAUGAAGCUGUUUGAAGACUUGAUGAAAGUGCAUAAAAGAGGAGGGUUCAUCAGCUGCUCCAUUUCGGAGUCCCCUGGCCGCCCCAUGGAGGCAGAGACAGAGAUGGGGCUCAUUGUGGGCCAUGCCUACUCCGUGACUGCCAUCAGGAAACUGCACCUCGGGGACAACCUCCAAAAGCUCUUCUUGAUCAGGCUGAGGAACCCCUGGGGAAAAAAAGAAUGGCACGGUGCUUGGAGUGACAGUUCUAAAGAGUGGAAGAAAAUCAGCGAUUCUGAGCGCAAGAAUUUGGGGCUCACUGUUGAGAACGAUGGAGAGUUCUGGAUGACGUUUGAGGACUGGUGCAAGAAUUUCACAGAUGUGGACAUCUGCAGGACUGUGAACACCUCCUUCUUCAGCUUCCAGAAGACCUGGGAGAAGGAAAUGAUCUAUGGGGCUUGGGCAAAGCAUCCAGAGCCCCUGCUGAACAGAUCUGGGGGCUGCUUUGAUAACAGAGAGACCUUCCUGCAGAACCCCCAGUACCUCUUUGAUGUUAAGAAGGCCAAGGACAAAGUGUUGGUGUCACUGCAGCAGGAGGAUCGGCGCAAGUACAAGAAAGAAGGGAAAGGGGACAACAUCACAAUUGGCUUUGACAUCCUCAAGGUGGAGGACAACAGGAGGUACAGGCUGCACAAGCUCACGGUGCAGGAGAGAGUGGCCACGUCUCCCUACUCCAACACACGCAGCGUGUUCCUGAGCGCGAGCCUCCAGCAGGGCCGCUACGUCCUCAUCCCAACCACCUACAUCCCUGGGGUCCCCACCAAAUUCAUCCUCAGGCUCUACACUGAUGUGCCCUCCAAACUCAGGGAGCUGAAGGCAGAUAGGCCUGAAAUGACAUGUUGGAGUCUUCUUUGUGGCUACCCACGCAGAGUCAUCCAAAUCAAAGUCCACUUGGCUGAGGGUUUGCAGAAACAAGACAGAUCAGGAGGAGCAGAUCCCUACGUGCUCAUCAAGUGUGAGAACCAGAGCUGGCGCUCCCCGGUGCAGCACAACACCACCAGCCCCGAGUUCAACACCCAGGUGAUCUUCUACAGCAAGGACAAGGACAGUCCUGUCACCAUCCAGGUGUGGAACAGCCGCCUGCUGGGUGACCAGUUCCUGGGGCAGGCGGUGCUGGCAGCAUCCCCCGGUGAGCCCCGCGAGCAGCAGAGGCUGCGGCUGCGGGGCAGGGGCGCCGGGGAAGCAGCCGAGCUGCCGGGUCACAUCAGCGUCACGCUUCUCUCCAGCCAUGACCUCGCCGAGCUCUGAGCGCCGCACCGAGCUGUCACCUCGGCAGCCAGCGUGCACAUCAGCAUAAUCGCUUUAAAGGGGGAAAAAAGCCCUCCAACUCUCCACAUUAUCAUUGCUGAUGGGCGGAGAGGGGGACAUGCAUAUUUAUACAUAGCUAUGCUCGCCAUACAGCUCGUGCAGUGGGAGAGGGGAUAAAUGGAAUGCUGGCAGGUAAGUUCAGGAGGAUGUGAGCAUCCUCCCAGCAGCAUCGUUGAGGAUGCAGGCAGGAAUGGCUGCAGCUCCAUCGGGCACCCACCAGCAGCUUGGGGACUGGCAAGUACAAGGGGGAUUCAUGGGGAUUAUUUCCCCCCAUGGAAGGAUAUAAAUUUCUUGAUGAAUUUCACUACAGAUAUUUCUACUCCUGCCACUACUCGAGGAGCUCGUGGCCUUAAGACCAGUCUUGCCAGGACAACAUUAGAGGGGCAGAUCCAGCAGUGCCUGUUUAAACACCAAAUAAGAGCUUUGUUCACCCAAAGGCUCUCAGCUUGACUUUCUGACUCUUCUCCAUCUCAAGCUGGUGACUCCCAGUUUGGUCUCUCUGUCCAAGGGCACUUCACAGUUCAGCUAUGGCUUUGCUCAGAGCACAGAUUCAGUAAUGGGAGCCUCCUUGCUUUGUUUAAGCCACACAGUGCUAAAAAUGGAAUAACAGCCCUCUUGUUUUGGCAGUUGUAGCACCAGCCUGAAAGAGGAGAAAAUGAGCUCACGAGAAGGGUGGGUUUGUAAAAGCUGGCUGCUGUUCCCUGGCAGGUGUCAGGUCUCACUCAAAAUUUUGCAGUCAUUAAUUGCUGGUACAAGUUUCUCUUGGGUACCAUGGAGGAUGGGUGUUAUUUCACAUUUCCCUCACAGCAGGGGUGUGGUGCCAGCUCUCCCCUUGUCCUGCAGCCCAUGCAGGGUUCCCUCAGCAGCUGCCUGGGGUGGGCACGCUGGGCAGUGACCCUGGCAGCGCACAGGGCUCUCUGUGCCACACACUCGGAAAUGGAUUUUACACAGCUGCACAUUCUGGGUGCUGAAGUGAGGCUGAAGGACUGUUCUGCCUUUUUCACAGCCAGGAAACUGGGAUUCCUCUGUGCCUUAUAGCCACUUCAGCCACACUGUGCAAUUUUUACAAUUUAUGAAAUGGCCCUUGACAGAGUUAAUGUUUUCACAAAAGGUUUUGAAGUCUCCUCAGGGCUCCAAAAGGAUCGUUGCUGUGGUAGGAAAAUGCUUUGUCUGGCAUGCCAGAGAUGGACUGUGGGGCUGUGAAUGAUGCUGCAGUGCCACCAUGUCCCAAGGACCUAAAUCCAGCUCUGUUCAGACAGUUUGGGCUCAGGCCCUUUGGCGCAGCAGAGAUCUUGUCAGAGGUGUGAACUACAAGCCCACAGGCAAGUGCCAUUCUCUGUAAGCUCAAGGCUUCAGGGCUGCUUACUCUCAGAAAUGUCUGUAAACUGAGAUUUAUCUUUUUAAAGGCAUGAACUGUCUCAUGCACACAAGAGUUUGGAUGAGAGGAACUGCAAAUGUCAGGGCUGCCCUAGUCCUGCACUGAGACCUAUUUGCGUUGCUUUUCCUCACACACUGUCCCACAGUGUUCCCAGGGCUUGCCUUGGCCAAAGGUCAGUGUUUAGCCUCAAAAAAGUUCCACUCCGAGAUGGCACCAAAGAUUUGCCCCAUAAUUUGGCUGAGGAAGUUCCUGAGCCCACUGAGGGCACAAAGCCACCUCAGCUCCAAGCUGGAGGGACGUCCCUUGGCUCUUUUCUUGGAGUCCCACAGUCCUGGCCCCCAGUCCCAGCAGCACCACCCUGCUCCAGCCUCUGCAAAGGCUUGUCCCCAGUGGCACAGAGGCAGUGUGACCAGCAGCUCUUGGGCAUGCACAGCCUGGCAAGGUGGGCAGUCAGGGUGGGGAGCAUGCACAUGGUGACUUUUAGGCCUUGAUCAUUGUGCCAGCUCCAGCCAUUCCCCCAGUUUGUCCCUGUGGCAUGGGGACAGGCACUGCUGGCAGUGCUGCCUGAGGGACUGGCAGUGCUGGGGCUGCGGGAGGCUCAGCAGGAUGCCUGGACCUCUGCAGUGAAUAUUUUUGGGAACUGUUUGGGUUUCCCACCAGAAGAACUGAUCCAGCCUAGGAACACAGCUGGCUCUGCUGGUUUACAGAUGCUUCUGCCUUCCCAGGUGAAGCCCAGAUGAAGCAAGGCAAGGGCAGGCUGACAGGGUCCCCUGCUGCUGCCUGCUCCUAACACUGACAGUUAAUAUUGUUAUAAUAUCAACAUGUGGGAAAACAGCUUGGGGUUGGUUUUUUUGGGAGGGGGGAAGGGCUGCAUUUAUGUACGCACUCGAGCCACCUCAACAAUGAAAACAGGUGGA